AUGUCUGCCUUGAAGUCCUUCGCGCUUCUGUCUACGCUGCCUUUUCUCGCUCUGGGUGCGACACGCCGCGCGGCAGCGAGAAACUUCAUUUUCUAUGGUUACAGUGACCAGUUUGGUGGCAGUCCAUUGAUCUAUUCGGACGGUUAUGCAUACGUUGGGAGCAUUGAUGCCACUAACACCACCGACGCGGCAAUCGUCAAUUUCACGUCAACUACAAACAAUGAGUGGCUCGGAUCUCCCAACGUAACGGUACCAGGGCAUACCUCAUCAUGGUCUAAUGCGACAUUUUUCAUUCCAACCGCUGACGACUCCGACAAGCGCGUAGGCUUUCUUACUAGCAACUCGACGAUUGAUGGCAAGGCCAUCUCGGGCUUUCGACUCUAUGGCUCAAUGGCAGCAUUUGUUACAGAUGAUGGGCAGUUGGUAUCUGCGUGGACCGGACUUCAGGUCUCACAAAAUCUACACCGUUUGUACUGGAACGACACAAGCCUGGGCCAGAUUCCCGUUACUUUGACAACUGUCGCCCCCUCUAACCCGUCAAAUUAA